UGAGGCGAGCGAAUCGGCUCGGAGAAAAUCAGUUUGGAUUUAGCACGCGACGCGAGCGUACGGUAUUUGACGGAAAAGAUAGUUCUGGGGAAGAUCUGCCAGCGCCACGCUCCGAUGGGCAGGUCGUCGCUUUUUGCCGAAACGAUGACGCAGUGCGUCGGUGCUGUUGUCAUUCUGCUGAUUCUGUCACACGUGCUGGCAGCUGACGAGGAGAUGGCUUCCGCCUACGAGUCCACUUGCGUCAUUCGUGCCACUCUCUAUGCCACAUCGCCGCUGGAGAGGAGCAGUCAGGACUUUGGCCUGCCCCUGGACAUUGAUUGUAACGGUAAUAGGACGCUAAAAUCGGACAGAUUCGAUUUGGGCGCCCAGAGGGUGGCUGGGAAGAGGCAUGUCCAGGUGGACGGCACAGGAACUCCUCCGCUGGACAUUGAUAGCUAUGGUUUGGAGUAUCUGGAUAAUUGUCUGCAGCUGGAGAGCUUGGAGAUCCAACGAUUUGUGGGCGAUUCCACCAUAAAAUUGAGCUGUGAUGGAGCCAUUCUCUCCAAACUAACAGCAGUGUCCUUUGAAAAUAACGAACUGGGAACCCUAAGUGGAGAUACUUUCCAGAAGGUGCCGCAUCUGAAAGUCCUUAAAGUUCAGCAAAAUUCUUUGAAAUAUAUGGAAGUAUUGGAGAAUGCCACUGAGUUGGAGGAACUACUCAUAAAGGAUGAAACCAAGUUGGUCCUAGCAGAUAAGCUCGUCCUGCAGAAGCUUUCGAUGCUGAAAAAGGUUCACUUGGGAAAUCUGAAACAAAUUAGAAAUGUUUUCUUUGAAAAGAUACCCGAGAAUCUAACAGAGCUUGUGGUGCGGAAUACACCCAUUCAGCCGGGGGAACUCCAUCUGGAAAAUGGGAUUCAGGAAUUGGUUAAUAUAACCAUAACGGAUUGCCGGCUAAGUAGUUUUGGUCUGGACCCUGGCGGACUCUUGAAAGUAAAGAAACUCAACUUGAGCGGAAAUGCUCUGAAAUCUCUGAGCUACGAGUACCAUAACAUCCCACUUUACUCCAGUGAUCUUGAGGUCCUGGACCUGAGUAGAAACCAGUUGGAAUAUCUGAACAGAACUUGGUUUUACAAAAUGAUUGCCCUCCAGAGGGUCUACUUGCAGGAGAAUCGCUUCCACUCGAUGUCCUUAGGUGAUCUAGUAUCGAUUGCACCUGCAAGGAUUCAACUAAUCGAUCUUAGAUCGAAUGAUCUAAUUAGCCUGAAGGACGUUGCAAGAGCCAACGACGCCAUCGUAUCUCCUCCCCGACUCUGGGUGGACGGGAACCAUUGGAGCUGCCAGUGGCUGUUGAAUUUUUCCCACACGGAGCCCAUGUUGUUUCGACUCUUCCAGUACACGAAGUACAUCUCCCACAUCAAUGUGAAUGGGUUGAGCUGCGAGCCCCUGGAUCCGCCCACCGAAGCACCCCAGGUGGGCAGGAUCAUGCAAGUAAGGAUUAAUGGCACCUCCGAGGCUUACCUACCGGUGCCCCAUCCCGACACGAAUGUGUCCAGCUUUACGGUGCUCUACGGAAAUCCCGUGGAACUGCAUAGGAGUCAGAGGAACGGAGCUCUGAUUAUAGUGUUCAUGCUGCCCCUGGGCAUCGCCCUCCUGUUUCUUUUGCUGUAUCUCUAUCUGCACUGCGAAAGGCUCUUCCACCUGUCCUACUAUGUCUCGGGACUGCCCUGCUUUGGCGACGAAAAGUCCUCAAGUGGCCCCCGAUUCGUGGAUCAUGUCGAUAUUGUUCGAUACCCGGUGGCCAAUGGCAGUGCUUCACCCGCCGAUGUCGACAUCGAUGUGCCCGAUGGCUACGAGACGCCAGUGAGUGGGGCUGCUUCCAUUUGCAACUGUACGGGCCACAGGGAGUCCGCCUGUUCCAGAACCCACCACGUCACCUACGAGUCUCUGCCCACCGAGCUGCCCUACCAGCUGUACGCCGAGAUCAAGGAGCAGGUGGAGGAGGAGAAGUGCGGUGAAUCCGAUGGAAUGCUCUCAUCCACUCCGGGGCCAACGGCACCCGUCUACGAUCAUCUCUCCUUCGUGGAGGCAGCUCCUAAAGAGGACGAACUGAGAGAUAUUUCCUGAAAACAUUUUGAAUUUUUGAAACGAUAUAAAAUAGAAGG